GUUUCAUUCCUCGGCAAAAUAUUCUCUUGCCGGAUAUGACCAUCGCGAUGUCGGACGCCGCCGCCGACGACGCGGCAUUCCUCAAGGCCGUGUCAGAGGCCCUGCGGAGUAAUGUCGAGAUCAAGGACCGCCGGGUGCGUCUCCGCACGCAGCAACUGUGCUUCGUCGGGGCCGAGGCCGUCACGUUCCUUGUGACGGCAGGUCAUGCACCUACACGCGAAGCUGCCGUUGCGCUCGGCCAGCGCUUGCUGUGCAACCAGUUCCUUCGCAAGCUGUCCAACUCGGAUGGCGAAUUUCUCGACAGCAAUCUUCUGUAUCGGUUUGCCGAAGACGAAGCGGCUCCCAUCCGCAAGGCAUCGCCGGCUCUUGGUGGCCGAUUCCGCCCGACGAGGCGGUCAUCCAAGUUCAGUCAUGCCACAACAUCGAGUAGCAUCGAGGGAUCAUCGAGUGGCAGUAAGCCUCGGUUCCAUUCCAGUUAUCGGUCCGCGGGUAGCUACGACCACUCGACAUAUUGCCACGAAGACGAGUUCGCCCAAGGCAUCCGAACGCAAUCCCUCAUCGACGAGCAGCGCGCGGCGCGGCUGCGCAAGUCGUCGUUCUGUCCGAUCGAGUCGAUCCUCACUGUGGCGCCGGUGUCGACUGUUGGGUUCACCGACACGUGCUCGUUCUACUUUUCGCCGCACACAACCCACAACUCGAUCGCACUCACCGUGCCGAUCGUGACCGCGAUGAAGGCAGCGUUUUCGUCGCGCAAUCUGCACGCGCGCGAGACGGCGGUGCACCACCUGCGCAACCAGGUGCUGAAAGCGGCCGACCCGUCCGACAAGAGCUGGAUGUACCUGAAAAACAUCACGGGGCACCAUGGCAACGACGUCCGAGUGUUUUGCAAGACCAGCGGGGGCGGGUUCCAGACCGUGUUGACGGUCGGGCCGGUGCACGUGGCGCCGUCUACCUUUGUCACGCACUUCUUGGACUCGAACGAGCGCAAGAAGAUGGAUGCGCUGUUCGAGACGAGUCAGACCGUCGAGGACCUGCUCAUGGCGCAUCGCCGCGACAAGAUGCACGUGAAAAAUCACUUUCACGAAGUGUUUUCGACGGCCGCCGCCGCGCCGUGGAUGGACCCAGAGCACCCCAUGCCCGAUGAAGUCCACUGGGCCGUCCAGCCCUCGGAACGCAUGGCCGACAUGUUUCCAGAACAGCAGCAGCAGCCCCAUGCCCCACACCACGACAAGUCCGGCCUCAAGACUGACGGCGGCGUCCAACGCAUCCUGUAUCGCACGAUGGCGCCGCCGUCGGCCGUCUUGUCGGCCCGGGACUUUGUCACGUUUCAGGACUGCUUUUCCAUGGACAACGGCGCACACUGCGUGUACGAAAUUUCGGUCGAGCACCGCGACAUCCCGUCGAAAAUGGAGCGCUAUACGCGCGGCGAGGUGCUGUGCCUGGCCCACAUCGCCGAGCCUAUUCCGGGCAACCCGAACGCGAGCAUGCUCACGGUCGUGACGCAAGUCGGGCUCAAGGGAAAGCUGCCGGCCUUCAUCGCCAACUUGAUCUUUGAAAAGUUGAUUUCGCGCAGUUUUGACGCCCAGACGUGUGGGCUCGUUGUCGACUGCGCGUCCCACAUGAGGUCGUCGCUGCGCGACGUUCCGUUCGAUCGGCAAGUCCCCGACGACAUCGUGCAACGGAUUUCUUCGGGUGGUGCCAUGCCUGCCAACAAGGACGGCAAUAAAGUCGGGCUGCAAGACUUUGAGCUGCUCGCCGUGCUCGGCCGGGGCGGGUUUGCUAAAGUGAUGCAGGUCCGCCACAAGCAAACGCGCAAAGUCCAUGCGAUGAAGAUCCUGAAGAAGGAAGAGCUUGUCCACGACAUUCAGAUCGAGCGCACCAGGACCGAGCGCAGCAUCCUGGCCGCCGUCGACCACCCGUUCAUCGUGGCGCUCUCGUAUGCGUUUCAAGACACCAAGCGGCUCUUCAUGGUGAUGGACUUUGUGCAGGGCGGCGACUUGUUUGCACAUCUACGAAAGUACGGCGCCGUGCCAGUGCCGCGCGCGCGGCUGUACUUGGCCGAGAUCGCGCUCGCCGUGUCCCACCUCCACGCGCUCGACAUUGUGUACCGCGACCUCAAGCCCGAGAACGUCCUCAUCGACGCGGACGGCCACCUCAAGAUCACGGACUUUGGGCUGUCGCACUUUUUCGACCCCCCCGACUACGACGACGAAAGCGAUGUCCAAGCUGCCCCGUCCUGCGCGAGUUCAUCCAUCCGCAGCAACUCGCUGUGCCAAGUGACCCAUUCGUUCUGCGGGACCGAGGCAUACAUGGCGCCCGAGAUGCUACUCCACUUGGGGCAUGGAAAACCCAUCGACUGGUGGUGUUUGGGCAUCGUGGCGUGCGAAAUGCUCACGGGCGUCCAUCCGUUCCGCGGCGACUCGCACAUGCGGCUCCUCUCAAACGUCGUCAACCGCGAUCCAAUCCUCCCGCCGCACUUGCCGCCCGACGCAGCGUCGCUAAUCCAAGGGCUCUUGUGCAAACAGCCGCGGCUGCGCCUGGGGUCGGUCGGCCGCAAGUUUGUCGAAAUCCAGGACCAUCCGUUCUUUGCCGGGCUGGACUGGGCCAAGGUCGAGGCGAAGGGAUACCCAAUGGAGUUUAUGCCGCCGAUCGAAAGCGACUUUGACGUGAGCAACUUUGGGUCCCAGUACACGAGUGAAAAGUUCUCGGGCGCGAACUCGAGCGCGUGCGCGACAUCGGACGCAUCGUCCCAACCGCCGAUGGAGCACCCCACCCAGUCGAGUCAACGGAGUGGGCCAUCUUCCGAUGAUCACAACAACUCGUACGUUGUGCGGUGCAGCCAGCAGUCUUCCGACACGACCCACGGCAGUCAGUAUCAAAGGUUCUCUGGUUUUUCGUUCGCAGGGCCUCCGGAUGUCGAAGGAAGUGGCUGUUAACAGGAUUAUUUAGCGUGUGGCGAUCGACGGGUCGUGCGUUUUUUG